GAGCGGUGCGCAGAUAUACAGAUAUUGAAUGGGAUAAACUCAUCCGAGCUGAACCAUAAAACAACUGACACUAGAAGUUGUUGCGUUCUUAACAAUUUAAACCACCUGCAUUCUCAAAAAUGAAGACUUUCAGCUUUGCCGUUGCAGUCAUCAUUGCUCUUUCAUUUAUUUUAAUUCAGGAGAGCUAUGCCUCGUCUUUUGCUGAAGAGGAAGAUGUAGCAGCAGCGAGAAGCGGUGCUGAUGUUGACCAUUUUGAGAUGCCAGCAGACAAACCAAAGAUGGACAAUUACAUUACACCGAAACUCAAGCGCAAUGCUAGAGCUUGCAAAUGGUGCUGUAACUGCUGUAGUAAAGAGCCGGGAUGGUGUGGUGUCUGCUGCGACUUUUGAUUCCUGGAAAUGAGUGCUGUCGAAACGCCGACAUUGUGUGCUUCCUGCUGCCACUGGUGAUUCCUGGAAAUGAAUGUUGUCGUAAAUCUGUAUGAUUCUAAUAAACCUGGAUUUGCAAAGGGU